AUGCUUGCCUCUGGUGAUGCAGUUUAUCCUGUUCCAGAAACCACACAUUUUAUUCUCAUAUCUUUUCCAUCAUAUUCAUCAACAACAUGGAACCUAAGAAUCAAACAGAUACUUCAGAAUUCCUUCUCCUGGCACUGACAGAGGAUCCAGAACUGCAGACCCUCCUCUUUAGCCUGUUUCUGUCCAUGUAUGUGGUCACUGUCCUGGGAAACCUGCUCAUUGUCCUGGCUGUCACCUUUGACUCCUAUCUCCACACUCCCAUGUAUUUCUUUCUUGCCAAUCUGUCCUUCACUGACAUCUGUUUUAGCACGGCCACGAUCCCAAAGAUGCUGGUGAACCUCCAAGCACAGAAUCCGAGCAUCACUUAUGCAGGCUGCCUUGUCCAGGUCUGCUUUGUCCUGAUUUUUGGUGUUUUGGAAAAUUUCCUCCUUGGAGUAAUGGCCUAUGACCGCUAUGUGGCCAUUUGUCACCCACUGAGGUACACAGUCAUCAUGAACACCCGGCUCUGUGGCCUGCUGAUUCUACUGUCAUUGUUCAUUAGCAUCAUGAAUGCCCUCUUCCACAGUCUGAUGGUGUUGCAACUGUCCUUCUGCACAGACCCGGAAAUUCCUUACUUUUUCUGUGAAGUUCUUCAGGUCAUCGAGGUUGCCUGUUCUGAUACUCUCAUCAAUAACAUCUUCUCAUAUUUUGCAGCUACCAUAUUAGGUGGUGUUCCUCUCUCUGGAAUCAUUUUCUCUUAUAUCCAAAUUGUCUCCUCCAUUUUGAGAAUGCCAUCAGUGGAUGGAAAGUAUAAAGCUUUUUCCACCUGUGGAUCUCAUCUGUCAGUUAUUUCCUUGUUCUACGGGACAGGCUUAGGUACAUACGUUAGUGCUGCAUUUACAUACUCUUCUAAGAAGACUGCAGUAGCUUCAGUGAUGUACACUGUGGUCACCCCCAUGAUGAACCCCUUUAUCUACAGCCUGAGAAACAGGGACAUGAAGGGGGCAUUGAGAAAAAUUAUCAGGAGCAUACCUGCUUUUCAGUGA